AUGCGCUUUACUUGGAUUGCUACCGGUGUCUUCUGCUUCCUCUCCUCGGCCGCUGCCCAGCCUCCCAGAGACUCGCCGGCCGAUGCGUGCUGCUGCUGCGAUAUUAGCAGCAACGUCAUCAGCUGCGACCGAUCUAUUCUCAAAAAGGACUGCGUUUGUGCUGCCGUUGCGUGCGCUGCAAACGUUCCAACCGUCUACACAGACAGCCAGGCUCCCCCUACCGCUGCGGUCAAGAAGCCAGAGACUCGUCCCGCUCAGCAGACUCGUGCUCCCUCCGUGGCGAGGACUGGCGUGCCCGACACUGCAGACGCGUGUUGCUGCUGUGAUAUUCGCAGGAGCGUCAUCAGCUGCUCUCGUUCCAUCGGCAAGGAUGAGUGCUUCUGCGCCGCCGUCAUGUGUCCUCAGGGUGUCCCCGUUGUCUGGGCCGACGACGACAAGUCGGUUUCCGACGAGGAUGCCGUUCGUCCUCCACCGUCUCUUCCUGUUGAGAAUCUCCCUCCUCCUCCGGCUGGUUCUGUUGCCAAACAGCCCACUCCUGUGGCUACCACCGAGGCUCCUCACGCCAUUCCGUCUACCAAGGGCAAGCCUCCUGGCUUGAACGACCGUCCCAAGAGAUUCGUUACUGUCGCGAAGCCGGCUCAGCCCAAGCCCAUGCCCCUGGGCUGCCUUGCGCCGUCAUCUGCGUCUGCCCGCCGGUUUAACUGCUGUUGCUGCAAUCCAGGCAAAAAUCAGGUGGUUUGCCAACUUCGCGAGCAGCAGGACUGCGUCUGCGCUGCAGUUGCGUGCCCAAUAGAUGCCGAGACAGUCCAUGUCCAACCUCCUGUGUGCACCAACAUCUAA